AUGAAUAUGUUUACUACAUUCUCCCAUGUAUUCAUCCUCGUAUCGAUCAUCUUCAUAUCAUCAACAACAUGCACUAAAAUCACCGACGAAGAGAUAAAACAACUAUGCUCGAAAACAAGCAAUCUUAACCGUUGCUACAAGCUCUUAAAAUCCGACCAUCGGAUUACAAACGUAGACGCAAAAGGCCUUGCUGAAAUUUCGAUCGACUUAGCUUCUAAAAAUGCGAAUGAAAUCCAUUCCAUGCUCGACGCUUUGGCUAAGGGUACGCGUAGUUCUCAAUUAAGAGAAAUGUACAACCAUUGCGCGAAGAAUUAUGACAAUAUUAUUCGCGACCUCGAAGAGGCUAAGAAAAACCCUAAUAUGGGAGCUGCACAGGUGGCGGUCGCAUCGGAGGAGAUUAAAAGCUGUAAGAUAGUGUUUGCUGUGGAUCAUUCACACGUGAGCAAGAAAAGCGAGGAUUUCAGUUUCGUUCUUAGCGUGGUUAGGGUUACGGUAGAUAACUUGGACUAG